AUGGGGAUUUUCUCCCUGGUGACUUUGUCGAAUGUGACAACUUUGUUAUGUCGCUGUGAGAUUGCAUUAUUAAGGUCGGCAUUGAUGGAAGAAAUAACAAAAUUACUUGGUUGUAAACAUAUUACAGUGUCCCUAUAUCAUCCAGAAGCAAAUGGGCAGUGUGAACGCUUUAAUGCAACAUCAUUCCCAAAAAUCCUGGCACUGACGAAUGAAAAGCGUAAUAAUUGGGAUGAUAAAUUAAAACGGCAUGCAUUUAAGUGGUCAAUACUGUAUGACGAUGAAGAAGAUGAAGAAGACGACGAGGAUGUUGAUGAUACCAGUGGAAAAGUCUUUCGAUUAUUUAUAUCAUCUGUCCGUUUGCUUAGUGUUGGAUCAGUGGCCUCUCACAUAAAUGCGGACGCCA